AUGCUAUCGCGCAUCGGGGGUGGUCAUCAGGUGCAGCAACCUUCGUCGGCGCCACCGCCACCUCUGGCCAUAAUGAUGGCAAGUAAUCAUCACAAAGUGUCACAUGUGGUGGACGAUUUGGAUGAGUAUUUAUCCGAGUACAAGCUGCAGGCACCGAUUGAACCCAUCAUCCAUUAUGCCGAUGGAGAACUCGAAGCAGAAUGGCUUAAUUCGGCAGGAUUUCCACAGCUAACCAAAGCAUUUGAAGAAGGUCGCGAGCUGCCAGCGACAGAAUUAGCUCCGGUCAUCUGUGGUCUAUCGAGCAUGCACGCGGAAGCGGUAAAGCAGCGCGUGAAGGCGCUCAAUCGCACGGUACGUGGACGCACACGCAACCGAUCGACGAAGAAGCCGGACAUUCGGGACGUAUUUCGGGAUCAAGAUUCUUCCAGCACGGGCACCCGUUCACGCAGUGCCACACCCGACUCGCUUGACUCGUUACCAGGAGACGAUACUUGGAAUACGCCAUCGAGCAAUGGGCAUCACCCUCACAUACCAGGCUUUGUUUCCAUAUUUGAUGGUUAUGGUGUUGUUCGCCCGACCCCUAUCCGUGGCAAACAAAAUCUCCGCCGCACACCCAGUGCACCAUUACGUGGUUCCGCGGAACUGUUCCGUGGCUCGCACAUUCGAUGCGACAUCCCAAUUCACAACGAGGGCAUUGAAUUGCUUAACUUCCAAAGACUGGGAACGAUUCACAUACCAAGGAUUCGAUCCGGUUCGGAUCCAUCAUUUACGAUCGGACCCCACGCUGGUCAACACAUUUCCGGCACGCGAAGCCACUCCAACCUAUACAACGGCACGUCCGUUGUCCGUCGGGACAAUGACGACUCUGGCAACUCGUCCUCUGAACAGAGCCCGCCGAGCUCGCCGCCACGCAACAGUCUACUAAACUCAGUGGAGAACUCACCGCUUCGCUCGUCAUACGAACCGGUCAGCUUCGAGAGCAUGAUUAAGCAAACGAUCCCUUCGGCCGCGGACCAGUGGCAACAGCUGCCGGAAAGUUCCCGUGAACCUUGCCUCGACAUCGACCAGAUAUCGGAAGGUGAGCAGAAGCGAUUACAACCGCUGCUGUGGCUCGAAUUGGCCUCACUUUUUGACAAAAAUCACGUGUCACUCGACAAGCGGAAACCUUUCAAACGAAAGCGAAAAGAGGAAGGCAAUGUGUUUGGCGUAUCGCUGAAUGCACUUGUUCGGCGUGAUCAACAGGUCACUGGAGAGGAUACAGCCUUGGUGCCACUAGUACUGCAGGCCAUAUUGGCUGAGCUAGGUGUGCGUGGUGCUAGAGAAGAAGGCAUUUUACGAGUACCAGGCCACAAGCAGAAGAUCGAAGCACUGUACAAUGAAAUUGAACAUAAUUUUUAUUGCAAGCCAGAAAAGAUCAAUCCACUGAUCAAGAAGGCAGGUGUGCAUGAUCUCAGUGCACUCUUGAAGCGUUGGUUAAGAGAGCUACCCCAGCCACUGUUGGCUAAUGAUCUGGUACACCUUUUUUAUCAAACGAAUGUUUUACCUCCACACGAUCAGUAUAAGGCACUAGCUGUACUUUGUCAGCUAUUACCACACGAAAAUCGCAACACAUUGCGUGAACUGCUAAAUUUCUUCCGUCGAGUUGUCGAGUUCCAAGCAUUGAACAAAAUGUCCCAACAGAACGUGGCAACGAUCAUUGCACCUUCAUUAUUUCCUCCAAGAUUUGUUCAUCCAGCGGAUAAGAAUGAUAUUGGGGCGCAAGUACGCAUGGCAGCCCAGUGUUGCCAUCUAACUAACGUGUUGAUAACUAUGACAGACUGCUUAUGGUUGGUGCCUCAACGUCUGAUUGAACAAGGCAAGAUGAUUAAUAAAAACGGACAGCCUAAGCGUCAGCUAACUCGGAACACCAAAAAUGAAAGUAUCGUAUCGAUGAAUCGCAGUGACACGAAUGGCGAUGAUUUUGUGUUCGAUACCAACCAUAUUCAUCGUUUAGUGAUAUGA